CCCUCUGAACACACAGUGAAUGGAAAAAGCUAUAAUAUGGAGCUACACAUGGUUCAUAAAAGCUCUUCUGGAGUGAUUGCAGUAGUUGCAAUCCUGUACAAAUUUGGACAACCAGAUCCUUUCCUUUCAAAGUUUUUACACCAUGUCAAAACAGUGGAUCACAAAGGAAUUGAUUUGGGGGUUGUUAACCCAUGGACAAUCAAGUUUGGAAGCAGAAAAUAUUACAGAUAUUUGGGUUCCCUAACAGUUCCCCCAUGCACAGAGGGUGUUAUUUGGACAGUACGCAAGAAGGUGAGAACAGUCUCAAGGGAGCAAGUAAGAGAACUCAGGAAUGCCGUUCAUGAUGGAUUUGAGGAAAAUGCAAGGCCAGUUCAAGAAUGGGAUGGAAGAACCGUUUACAUGUAUAAUCCCAGGAGUCUGUGAAAUUUUUCGCUCAAGAGAAAAUGGAGAAGAGAAUAAGGAUAGAUAAUUGCAUUGUUUGGAUUUUAGAUGGCAGUAUUGGAUUAUAGUCUAUAUAUGUGCACUUUAAGGUGAUAUUUGUACAUAGUACUGGAUAUUAAAGAAGAAAAAGAAACUAAAACCUCAUUUAAUAUGUUGUCCAAUACUAUGUAUAGAUCAUAAAUAAAAAAUAAUUUAUGUUUAUUUAUUCAUCUUCUACUAAA